AUGAGAUCCCGCUCUGGGGUCCUGCUCGCCUUCGCCACUGCCGCCGCUGCCUUCGCGCCGGCCCGGCUGCAGCAGCCUCGGCUCUCGUCCGCGACCGCGCCAGCCCUCUUGCCGGCGCGGCCGCUUGCUGCGACGCGGCCGCUUGUUGCGACGCGACCAGCUCGGCAUGCGCAGCCUGCAAUGUUCCUCGGCGUCCGCAAGGCGCUGAUCUCGGUGCCGGUGCUGUACGUGCUGAUGAGCCUCAACGAGUACGCCACCCACCGCUGGUAUCAGCACGAGGAGUUUAACCGCAACCACGCCUUCAACCGCUUCUUCCAGCGGCUGCUGUCGGUGCUCAAGAACAGGCCGAUGCGGCUGCCGGACGGGAGGGCCAACCUGGUCAAGCUCAAGGGCGGGGGACACGCGGCCGCUUCGCUCGACUCGGACAUUGCUCGCGGCACCGCCUUCUCGUGGGCGGUCACCGGGAUGAUGACGGUCCAGAUGCUGCCGAGCGCGCUGCCCCGGGUGCACGCGCUGGUGUGGAACAUGCUCCACCCGCCCAUGCACGGCUUGCCGCCAGUCAAGCUGAACUGGCCGCUGGAGGGGCUGCGCGACACGGCCUACUUCAAGUACAUCUACGAGAACCACCAGGGCCACCACGUCCUCGGCGGCCAGGCCAACUACAAUGUCUGCUGCCCGCUCACCGACCACCUGCUUGGCACGUACGUCCCGACCGCCACGUGGGUCAAGCGGAUGCGUAAGGUGCCCGGCCCCGAGGGCGAGCGGUGGGGCAUCCCGGUCGAGCCGAAGGGCGUGCCGCAGGCGCCGAUUAUUGCGGCAGGCAAGGCCACCGAGCGGGACUUCACGCCGACCGCGCUCCUCAACGCGCCCGAGCCCGCCUGA